AUGCCUGAGGCAGACACAGCUCCCGCCGAUCCUCCAUCCUCGCGCGGCACCGUCGACAAUAUCCGCGGACAGGAAUCAACCCAGCGCACCGCGAAACUUCCCAUUGUCGAUCCAGUUGCGCAUGACGCUAGCUUUUGGGUAACCUCGCAGGCCGAAUUUCCAGAGUCGUCCCUCGAUUGUGCCGCCGACGGCUUACACGGGCAUGAAUGUGGGCUAGCGUUGCUGCCGCAAUCGCAAGAGCAGCAGCAGCAUCAGGAUAGUCCCCCGUUCGCGAUGGCUCCUCCGCCCCGUCGUUUAGUCUCUAAGGAUCGCUUCGCAUAUGCAUUUGGGACACUAAAGACUCAAAGCUACCAUGAUCCUGCUGCGCGAGGACCAGGCUCCCAUACUAUCCGAACCAUUGCCUGGAAUCCAACAGGCCAAUUAGUUGCGACGGGCUCUGCGGAUCGUACACUCCGAAUCUGGAACCCAGAGCGACCUCAUGUGAAAUACUCGACUGACUUGCGCGGCCAUUCCGCAGGCAUCGAGAAAGUGCUCUUCAACCCGGUUCGAGAUUCUGAACUUGCCAGCUGCUCCAGUGAUGGCACUGUGAGAUUUUGGGAUGUACGAUCGAAGACGUGCGUGAGCCGUCUCGAUGUCGGUGGAGAGGCAUUCACACUGUCGUGGUCUGCGGAUGGAAAGGUCGUCCUCGUUGGAAGAAAGGACGAUACUCUAAUUCCCAUCUCUAUCGAAUCCCCAUCGACCCCAUCUAUCGUCGCCAAUGGGAACUCUUCCGGCGCUUCUCCAGCCACGAAUAACUCGAAAUCAUUCACAUACACAGCUCUUGAACCGCACCCCCAACCUAUCCAGACAAACGCUACCACCUUCUCCCACCAUAUCCCUACCCCAUCUUCGCCCGAUCUCGACCUCCUUCUCACGACUGGCGACGGCACUGUCAAGAUCCUUUCUUACCCUUCUUUCGAUAUCCUCCAUACCCUCCACGCUCACACAUCCGCAUGUCUCUCUCUAGCCCUAUCGCCAACAAGCCGCUACCUUGCUAUCGGAGGCAGCGACGCCCUCAUUUCCCUCUGGGAUACAACGGACUGGAUCUGCCGACGGACCGUAUCGAGUAACAACGGCGGUGCCGUUCGUGGCGUCAGCUGGAGUUUCGACGGACGAUUCAUCUGUGGGGCCUGUGACGAGGCCGGCUGCGGAGGUAAUGGACUGGAGAUCUUCCAUGCAGAGACGGGUGAAAGCGUCUUUACUGUUUCUACUGGUCAGGGUAAUAAUGUUGGAGUCCCUGCGGUGGCGUGGCAUCCGUCGAGGUAUUGGUUGGCAUACUCGACAACAGCUGAUGGGCCGGGAAAUGCCGCCGGUGGGUUGAAGAUUGUAGGAGCGGGCGGGGGAAGUUUGUGA